AACUUUUGUUGACCCUUAUGUCGCUCAGUCGUUGUUGCGCGCUACAAAACAAUGUUACUAACAUGUGUGCUGGUUUCUUUUAUCUGUUUAAUAGUGAGAGCCGAAUUUGAAGCUGGCUAUUAUUGGCUGGACUACAGCGGAGGUCCUAUAUCCGAAAACUGUUUAAAAUUAGACGUUAACAGCGAUGUCUACGUAGGGCAGGUGUACAAAAAACCAUACGAAUUGCUUCCUGCAUCAGUUCGUAUCCAAUCACCACUUGCUACAGGGAAUGCUUACGAUGUCACUUACACGAGCAACAAAUAUGUUAAGAUUGUUUGCAGUCAGUUCCCAGAAAACUUCAAGUGGGUAAGGACGAACUUCUCAAAGUACCUUUCAGUUCCAAAUCUG